GUGCAAGGGAUAUGAAAGUGACGAAGGCUUGAUGUAGGGGGGUUUAAGAAGGCUCGAGAAGUGUUUUAUUUUAUUUUUUAAAGGGUGGCACACCAAAGAUUUACACAAUACACAGCCAAAAUGCUCUGCCACGUUACUCGUCCGGAUUCAGUGGUGAUGGAAGUGGAAGUUGAUGCGAAGGCGAACGGAGAAGACUGUCUGAAUAAGGUUUGCAGGAAGUUGGGCAUAAUUGAAGUGGACUACUUUGGGCUGCAGUUCACAGGCAGCAAAGGAGAGAACCUGUGGCUGAAUCUGAGGAACCGCAUCUGCCAGCAGAUGGAUAACCUGACGCCCUGUCGGCUGAGGCUGCGGGUCAAGUUCUUUGUGGAGCCCCAUCUCAUUCUGCAGGAACAGACGAGACACGUCUUCUUCAUGCAUGUGAAGGAGGACCUCCACAAUGGUCACCUACGUAUGGGCUCAGAACAAGCGGAGGAGCUGAGCGCACUCUUGGCACAGGCCGAGUUUGGCGACUACAACCAAAACACAGCCAAGUACUGGUACUCAGAGCUGUGUGGAGAGGAGCCCAGCACUGCCACUAUCAACAGCAUCAUAUCCAGACACAAAGCUCUGGAAGGUUUGAGCCAGGGCUCGGUGGAGUACCAGGCCCUGCAGCUGGUUUCCUCUUUGGAGCAUUAUGGCGUGGAGUGGCACUGGGCUCGCGAUGCAAACGGUCAGCGGCUGGCCAUCGGAGUCGGCCCCGAGGGUAUCGCCGUUUGCAAGGAAGACUUCAGCUUAGUCAACAGAAUUAGCUAUCCAAUCAUCCAGAUUGCCACCCAGUCGGGGAAGAGUGUGUACUUGACAGUUACCAAGGACACAAGUGACAGCGUGGUUCUUUUGUUCAAGCUCAUCAGCAACCGGGCAGCCAGUGGUCUGUACCGCGCCAUUACAGAGACCCACGCCUUUUACAGGUGUGACACAGUAACGAAUGCAGUGAUGAUGCAGUACAGCAGAGACUUUAAAGGCCACCUGGCUUCACUUUUCCUAAACGAAAACAUCAACCUCGGCAAGAAGUACGUUUUCGACAUCCGACGCACCUCCAAGGAAGUGUACGACCACGCCCGACGCGCCCUCUACAACUCCGGCGUGGUGGACCUGAUGUCUGGCAACGGCGAGCGCUCCUCUCCUUCACGCUCCCCGAGCCGAGACGACCAGCAGGACGAGGGGCUGGACUGCAGCAGCUGCCAGCAGAGCAGAGCCCUGCAGGAGCGGCUGCAAAAGCUCAGAGAGGCUCUGCUGUGCAUGCUUUGCUGCGAGGAGGAGAUAGACGCCGCGUUCUGCCCCUGCGGCCAUAUGGUGUGUUGCCAGACGUGCGCCAGUCAGUUACAGCUGUGCCCAGUGUGCCGGUCGGAGGUGGAGAACGUGCAGCACGUCUACCUGCCCACCUGCACCAGCCUGCUGAACCUGACGCUGACCGACAACCACCAACACCGCAGCAGCAUCCCCGCGCCCAUCCACAGAGAAAUGGCUUCCCCUCACAGCUGCUCAGCCACGGAGUACGACCACAAGAUGUACCACACAUAAAGACGACUCCGUCACGAACACUCUGAAGCUAAAUCAGCCAGAUUAAGGUUUCAUAAAGAAGGAACAUUUCUCGUCCGUCUGCGUUUCCUGCCUGGACUUAAUGAACUACCAAACAUAUAGAAACUCCUGAGCAUAAUCAAAGAUCGACACACUCAAACCACUCCCUCAACCAGUGUGUGUGUGUGUGUUUUAUUGUUAUUCCCCUUUGGACCGUCAGUGUGUCUGGUUGGUUCUUAGUAUUGUUGCUGUUGGUUUGCGUGUCAUUCUGUCCAAACCUUUGUUUUAAACAUCCCCUGCCACAAGAAGAUUUUUAGAUUAGGCUCUUAUUGUCCUUAAAUUAUUGCAUCAGUUGACCUGAUACAGAAUAGAAACAUGUAUUGUUUUUUUAAUUUGUGCGUCAGAUGUUUUUCUUAGCUCCACAUCAGGCUCCUAGCCCCAGAAUCAGAACCACAUGGUGUUUCAGAAUCGCUAAAUACUGUACAUAAUGGUUCUUUUUUUUUUUCAUUUUUAAUGCUUCCUGAUAUUUUAAAGCUUGUCUGUUUUUGAUUUGAGAGCUGAAUUUUAUCGUGUGAAAUGCAUUUUUUUUAUAUUGUAUUUCUUGUUUUUCAUGUUCCAUGUUUUCAUGCCAAUUAGGGGGUAUUUAGAGGCUAAGCAGCGCUGCUCUGGGUAAGCAUUGCAUACUAAUAAGACACACCAGGUGCUUAGGCCACCUCGGUCACAUUCUUGAGCUCUCCAGGCUAAAUGGGGUUCUGUAAAGGUUCCUCAAACCCGCUAGAACUGUGACCUUGGAUGUGAAAUGCAGUAUCUUGCUGACACUCCCACAACCUCCUUCACCUUGAAACUGGUCUCAUUAUCUCAUUAACUGCCACUUAAUCGAAAAACUACAAGCCAGGCUACAAAGACUGAUGCACCUUUCCAUUUUUUAUCUCCAUGCCAACAGAAAGUUAGAAAUGAAGAGCUCUUCUACUCGACAAAGAACCACAAGGUUAUAUAGAGAGAAAAAUAUCAGAUUUUUAGUCCAGCAGCAGCUGCUUCCUCUGAAAACCUCAGCUAUAAAUUUCUUCUCUGGGGUGUACUAGUGAGUUCCUUUUGAUAUUUUUAAAGGGUACUAGGAGAUCUGUCCGUGCAAUACUUGCUUGCUUUUUUGAAAAGCUUUUCAUUUUCAAGUUUUAUUUAAUUUCAAAGACUAUUUAAGAAAAAAAAAUACGACAUUGUCACUUUACCAAGGAAGUUUUCCACGUCUGUAGGGGGUUUGGCCUUAAUGUAGCAGCAACACCGUGUUUAUUAUAACUUUCCACAGACUUUUUUUCUGGUAAGAAAAGGAAAACUUUUAUUUCUUUAUUGCUGACUUGAUUAAGCUCAGUCACUGCAGGGGAAGGACUUUUAUUUUUCACAUUGUACAAGUAGCAAUUUGUUUCUGUUUUCUGAAGCAAAAGCCACUAUUCUCUGUAAAAUAACUAAAUCAUUUUUAUAUAUUCUGUUUUUAACAAAAGAGAAAGUAUUAAUAAAGUUGUUUUUAAAAAACAA